CGUAGGACAAGGACCCUCCUACUUGUAUUUACGACCAUCGAGAGCAUGUCCUGAUACAUCUUCAAUACAAAUCAACCAGUCCCCAAUCUACACCCUGUCAGACAUAUAUGUAGCACAAUAAUCUCGGCCCACACUAUCCUGAUCCACCGAGCCUUGGCCGCGCACGACGGAGAAUCUUCUUCUCUUGUUUUUCUGCGCCUUCUGUCCUUCUAAUUCAUUAUAGAGAAUACAGAAAGUACAUGAAAAGGAAACAUUCCGCUGCGAAUAGCGAGAUCCACGUACCGCUAUUUUUAGGGUCUGCUAUCUGCUAUCUGAUAUCUGGAUAUCUGGACAUCCGGGACCGGCAUUGACGAGAAGAUAGAUCAUGGCCGCGCUAUACGACCAAUUCAUCUUGUUCGGCGACUCGCUCACGCAGCAGGGCUGGUCGCAGGAGCGUGGAUUCGCGUUUUUGGCGCAGCUUGGUGAUGAUUAUGUCCGGCGCUUGGAUGUGGUGAAUAGAGGGUUUAGUGGCUACAACACCACCCAAGCCCUCGCCAUCCUCCCCAGAAUCAUCCCACACCCAAACCACGCAAAGGUCAAACUCCUCACAAUCUUCUUCGGCGCAAACGACGCCUCCCUCCCGCACGCCUCCAACAACCAACACGUCCCCCUGCAAACCUACACCGCAAACCUCAGAUCCAUCCUCACCCACCCCUCCAUCACCGCCCACGCCCCCCACAUAAUCCUCAUCACCCCACCGCCCAUCAACGAACACCCCAUGGCCCACGACCCCGGCGUCGCAGGCCCCGCCCGUCGCGCCGCGUGCACGAAGGCAUACGCCGAUGCCGUCAUCACUCUAGGUCUGGAGAUGCGGGUUGCGGUGCUUGAUUUGUGGGGUGCGGUUAUGGCGAGGGUGGGGUGGGAUGCUGGUGGUGGUGUUGGUGGGGGUGAGGUGGUGCUGCCGGGGAGUUUGGAGAGGGCUAGAGAGCCGGUGCUGGAUGGGUUGCUGCAUGAUGGGUUGCAUUUCUCGCCGGAGGGGUAUCGGGUUCUGUAUGAGGAGCUUGUGGGUUUGAUUGCGGAGAGAUGGCCGGAGUUGAGGCCUGAGGCGCUGCCGUUUGUGUUGCCUGGGUGGACGGAGUUUCGGGUUUGAGGUUGGUGGAUUGGUGCGGAUUAGAUUGGUGGGGUAAGGGGGGGUUUAUAAGGGGCAGGUAUGAAUGAUGUUUGCGCUAUGGUUAUAUGGUGGGAAAGCAAGGCAUGUCAUGAAUGUGUCUCACAGUCUCAGACUUGCAUUCUCUCAUUCCUCUCGUCAUCUUACAGCGUCGCAGCACACUCAUCCAUCACGUCACCAGGACAAAGAGAAAAUCACAUCCUCGACGUAUGUCCCAAAUAUCCCAUCCCAUCCCAUCCCAUCCCAUCCACACACAAAGACCA